AUGGCAGCUGCACCCUCAGUCCAGAUGCCAGCUCCCCCUCGGUUACCGUACUCGUCAUCCAGCGACAGUGCGCGAACAAGCGACAGCAUCAAUGAGAAGGGCGCCAACCUCGCCCCCAAAAGAAGAUGGCUGUCCUCUCAUCAGCGGUCCAAGCACGCUCGCCACCACCACGACGGCGUCGAGGUGGAUCGCUCCGCAAGCACCAAGCGAUCGCAGACAUUCUGGACCUCCUUCAGAUACCUGUGCAACCUAACCCAGAAGCAGGUUGAUGACUUCAUGGCCUCGUACGUGAUCUACAACCUGGACUGGGCCGAUGAGAAGCAGAUGGUCGCGGCACUGGGCCCGGAUUACCAGCAAAAGGUCGGAGACAGCCUACGCGCGUACUACGGCGUGCUGAACCAUCUCUGCGCCUGUGGUUCGGUGGAGAAGAUGUAUAUCCCGCCUCUGAUGGACAAGCGCGCCUCGGUGCUAGAUAACCAGCUUUUGUACGAGGAGUCGAUCGCGCGCGACAUUGGCCUCAAGGCCAGCGAUGAGGUGCUGGAUCUUGGCUGCGGCAGGGGCAGAGUGGCCGCGCAUAUGGCCACCUACUCUGGCGCCAAAGUCACCGGGCUCAACAUCGACCCAAAUCAACUGGCCCAGGCGCGCUCCUUCAAUGACGAACAAGGCCUGAGCAACAGCUUUGUCGAGGCAGACCAGAACAACCUGCCGCUUCCCUUCGACGACGACAAGUUUGACGCCUUCUACGAGAUCCAGGCGCUCAGCCUGUGCAAGGACCUCACGGCGCUCUUCAAGGAGGUCUACCGGGUGCUGAAGCCCGGCGCCAAGUUUUCGCUGCUCGACUGGGUCAGCCUGCCGGCUUACGAUCCGACGAAUGCGGAGCACGCGGAGCUAAUGCGCCGAGUCAAGCCGCUGAUCGGUGCGGUGGGCACGCCGACACCGGCGUCCCUCGAACAGGCGCUGCAGAGCGCAGGUUUCCGGGUCCUGAAAUCGGACAAUGCUAGUGUGGGUGGCCUGCAGGCACCACUGAUCGACAAGGUCGACAUCUACUUCCGGGCACUGCGGCAGCUGAUCCUGGGCCUCGUGCGGGUGCACGCCCUGCCCAAGCACUUCAAGACGCUCAUCAACCGGUUUUGCUUGGAUGGACAGGCGUUUGUCAAGAUGGACAAUAUGAGGCUGAUCAGCACGAGCUAUCGCAUCAUUGCGGAAAAGCCGUUGUGA